UGUCUCACCAACUCACAUCUAGAAGCAAUUAGGUAAUUCACUCUCUCUCUCUCUAGAUUUCUCAAGUCAAAAGCCUAUAAAACCCCAACCCCCAAGACCUCAAAAGGGCCGGCCUUCAUUCUCAAGAACCCCCAUCAUCAAAAUACAAAAGAAAGAAGAAAGAAGAAAGAAGAAGGGGACUAGAGGAAGAAAAGGAAAUAAUAUUUACCAAUUUUGUUCAUUUGAGCAAAUCUUUUCUGUUAGCCCAAACUAUGGGAAGGUCACCUUGUUGUGAGAAAGCCCACACAAACAAAGGGGCAUGGACCAAAGAAGAGGAUGAUCGGCUCAUAGCUUACAUCAGGGCCCACGGCGAGGGGUGCUGGCGGUCGCUGCCGAAGGCCGCCGGGCUCCUCCGCUGCGGGAAGAGCUGCCGCCUCCGGUGGAUCAAUUACCUGAGGCCCGACCUGAAAAGAGGAAACUUUACUGAGGAAGAAGAUGAGCUCAUCAUCAAACUCCAUAGCCUUCUUGGCAACAAAUGGUCUCUUAUAGCCGGGCGAUUGCCGGGAAGAACAGACAACGAGAUAAAGAACUACUGGAACACCCACAUUCGAAGAAAGCUGAUGAACCGGGGCAUCGAUCCGGCGACUCACCGGCCGAUCAACGAGCCGGCUGCCGCCGCAACCGAGGUCAAAACCCUGUCAUUUGCAACUCCAACCGUCAAAGAAGAAGGAGAAGAUCAAGAAGAAGAAAAAGAAGAGAAAAAAGUCAUUAUCAGCAAUGCUGUUGGUUUUAACAGCAAAGAAGAUAUCGAGAAGAACUUGAUCAAUCUUGAACUGAGAAUUAGUCUUCCUUACCAAAACCAAUCUGAACCGUUGAAUGGUAAUAGUGCUACCGGCCUUUGUUUUUCAUGCAGUUUGGGAAUACAGAAGAGUAAAGAGUGCAGUUGCGGGAAUAUUGGCACUAGUAAUAAUGCUAGUAGUAGGGGCAAUAUUGGUUAUGACUUUCUAGGGUUGAAAAGUGGUGUGUUGGAUUAUAGAAGCUUGGAGAUGAAAUGAAGGGUCUGGAUUUGUUUUUGAGUUAAUUAAUUAUGUGGCACAGAGGGAAAUGAGUAAGAGAUUUGUAUUAUGUCAAAAAUCUCUCUAAUUUUCUCUUGCUUAAUUUGUAUUAUAUCGCAGGGAAAGUAUUUAGUAUGCACCCCAUUUUCGAA